AUGGAAAGCAAAUCAUUUCAACUUAUCUUUCUCAUAUUGUUUGCACAUCUUUUCUAUUUCACUUGCAUUGCGUAUCACUUUGUUUCCACUGCUGGCACCUCUAAAGUGGGAACUUGCAUUGAAACAGAAAAGAAAGCACUGCUAAAACUUAAAGAAAAUCUUACAGAUUCUUCAGGCAGGCUAUCUUCUUGGAUUGAUCAAGAAAAUUGCUGUCAAUGGCUUGGGGUAAUCUGUGACAACAAGACAGGAAGCGUCGUAAAGCUUGACCUCAGAAACCAAUUAUCAAGAAACAAUAGAUUGGGAGGUGAGAUUAAUCCAUCUUUACUUGAGUUGAAAAAGUUGAGAUACUUAGACUUGAGUAUGAACAAUUUUGGAGGAGUCAAAGUACCUGAAUUCAUCGGUCGCGUUAAGGAGUUGAGGUACCUCAAUCUUUCUGGUGCAUCUUUUUCUGGUUCAGUAUCUUCUUUUCUUGGAAACCUAUCGAAUUUGCAAGGAGGUUCAGAUCUUAGCAAAGUUGAUGAUUCUUGGCUUGACACAAUCAACAGUCAUAGCCCUUCUCUCCUCGAGUUGCGUUUGCCUCAGUGUCAACUUCUAAACCUUCCGUCUUCUCUUCCUUCCUUAAAUUUUACUUCCCUUUUGGUACUCGAUCUUUCCAACAAUGCUUUCAACUCGAGUACUUUCCCUGAAUGGAUGUUCGACCUCAGUAACCUUGUGCAUCUUGACUUAAACUCCAACAAUAUCGUUAGUGAACUGCCUGAUGAGUUUGCAAAGCUCAUUUCGCUUGAGUAUCUUCAUGUAUCGUCUAAUUAUGGUAUUAAAGGUCCACUGAAGAAAAGCUUGGGGAAACUAUGCAAUUUGAAAACGUUGAUCCUCUCCUACAACAGCAUCAGCGGCGACCUUACUGAUUUUGUCGAUGCCUUAUCUGAAUGCGAAAGCAACAGCUUGGAGGCAUUGGAUUUGAAUUUCAAUGAACUGAGUGGCAAGCUUCCUGCUACAUUAGGUCACUUGAAGAAGCUAAAAAUUCUUCAGCUCACUCACAGGCACAAUCCCUGA